AUGGAGUAUCAAAUCCUCUCAUCUCCAACCCUUAUAGCCUUGUUGGUUUUUGUGGCGACAGUGGUGAUAAAAUUAUGGAAGAGACCCACAAUAGCUAACAACAAUCCUCCACCAGGACCUUGGAAGUUGCCUCUGAUAGGCAACCUUCAUAAUUUGUUUGGCCGUGAUCAGCCACACCACCGCCUCCGAGAUUUGGCCGGAAAGUAUGGAGCCGUAAUGGGUUUUCAGCUUGGACAGGUUCCCACUGUUGUAAUAUCCUCGGCAGAAAUAGCCAAACAAGUCUUAAAAACCCAUGAGUUCCAAUUCAUCGACAGACCCUCUCUCUUGGCUGCCGAUAUCGUGCUUUAUAAUCGUUCUGACAUUAUAUUUGCCCCUUACGGAGACUACUGGAGACAAAUCAAGAAAAUUGCCAUACUCGAGCUGCUUAGUUCAAAGCGCGUGCAGUCAUUCAAAUCAGUGAGAGAAGAGGAGGUCUCCAGUUUCUUCAAGUUCUUAUAUUCAAAAGCUGGAUCGCCUGUCAAUCUUAGUCGGACUCUCUUGUCUUUAACUAAUGGGAUCAUAGCCAAAACUUCCAUAGGUAAGAAAUGCAAAAGACAGGAAGAAAUCAUUGCAGUUAUAACGGAUGCCAUUAAAGCAACAGGAGGUUUCAGCGUCGCCGAUGUUUUUCCCUCCUUUAAAUUUCUUCACAUUAUUACCGGCAUCAGCUCUACUAUCCGCAGGAUUCAUCGAGAGGCAGAUACGAUUCUUGAAGAAAUUAUGGACGAACACAAAGCCAACAACGAAUCAAAGAAUGAACCCGAUAACAUUCUGGAUGUUCUUUUGGAUAUUCAACAGCGAGGAAACCUUGAAUUCCCCCUCACCGCUGACAACAUCAAAGCUAUCAUUCUGGAAAUGUUUGGAGCUGCGAGUGACACAUCUUCCGUGACCAUUGAAUGGGCAAUGUCUGAAAUGAUGAAGAACCCAUGGACGAUGAAAAAAGCUCAAGAAGAAGUAAGGGAGGUAUUUAAUGGAACAGGUGACGUCAGCGAAGCAAGCCUUCAAGAAUUACAAUAUUUGAAGUUAGUUAUCAAAGAAACUCUAAGAUUGCAUCCUCCGCUCACCUUAAUCCCUAGAGAAUGCAAUCAGAAAUGUCAGAUUAAUGAAUAUGAUAUUUAUCCAAAAACCAGAGUCCUUGUCAAUGCAUGGGCCAUCGGAAGAGAUCCUAACUGGUGGACUGAUCCUGAAAGAUUUGAUCCAGAGAGAUUUCGUUGCGGUUCAGUUGAUUUCAAAGGCACUGACUUUGAGUUCAUCCCUUUUGGUGCUGGUAAAAGAAUGUGUCCCGGCAUAACCAUGGCUAUGGCUAACAUUGAACUUAUACUUGCACAACUACUGUACCAUUUUAACUGGGAACUUCCUGGAAAAGCUAAACCAGAAACUCUCGACAUGUCUGAGAGUUUCGGUCUUGCAGUUAAAAGAAAAGUCGAGCUUAACUUGAUUCCGACCGCGUUUAAUCCUUAG